AUGCCAUAUAACAUCGCAAUGGUCAGUGACUUCUUUUUCCCCCAGUCAGGUGGAAUUGAAAGUCACAUAUACCAAUUGUCAUCUAAACUCAUCGAUCGGGGACACAAAGUCAUUGUUAUCACCCAUGCAUACAAAGGACGCACUGGUGUCCGAUACCUCACCAAUGGACUGAAGAUCUACCAUGUUCCAUUCUUCGUCAUCUACCGCGAAACGACAUUCCCUACCGUCUUCUCGUUCUUCCCCAUUUUCCGCAACAUCGUCAUCCGAGAGGAGAUUGACAUAGUUCAUGGCCAUGCCAGUUUAAGUAGCUUCUGUGGAGAGGCUAUUCUUCAUGCGCGUACUAUGGGACUGCGGACUGUCUUCACAGAUCAUUCCCUGUUCGGGUUCGCUGACGCAGCAUCAAUUCUCACCAACAAAUUGCUUAAGUUUACUUUGAGUGAUGUUGAUCAUGCGAUCUGCGUUAGCCAUACUUGCAAGGAAAACACAGUGCUUCGGGCUUCGUUGGAUCCAUUAAUGGUAUCGGUUAUUCCAAACGCCGUGGUAGCGGAAAACUUCUGCCCUCUGUCUCAUACAACUCGUGCGCCCGAUCAGGGCCUGAGCUUGCCUGCGGAUACUCCAAGGUCCCCCAGACGAAUCGGGCCCGACGAUCCAAUUACCAUCGUGGUCAUCUCACGACUUUUUUAUAAUAAGGGCACCGAUCUUCUGAUUGCAUCUAUUCCGCGGAUUCUCGCCUCUAAUCCAAACACUCGCUUCAUUAUCGCAGGAUCAGGGCCCAAAGCAAUCGACCUGGAGCAGAUGUUGGAACGCAAUGUGCUUCAAGAUAAAGUCGAACUUCUCGGUUCGGUCCGACACGAGGAGGUUCGAGAUGUGAUGGUGCGAGGUGACAUUUACCUUCAUCCAAGUCUGACAGAAGCAUUCGGCACAGUCAUCGUUGAAGCGGCUAGUUGUGGUCUUUACGUGGUCUGUACACGUGUUGGGGGCAUUCCAGAAGUUUUACCCCAACACAUGACAACGUUUGCCAAACCGGAAGAGGACGAUAUUGUGCUUGCAACCAGCAAGGCAAUUGCGGCUUUGCGCUCGAACAAAGUGCGAACAGACCGAUUUCAUGAUCAAGUGAAGAUGAUGUAUUCAUGGCGGGACGUGGCCGCGCGCACCGAGCGGGUGUACGAGGGCAUUACUGGCGACAUUAGCCCAGAGGAGUUCUACGGUUACUACCCCGGCCAGGGCUGGGAGGCGAGUGGAGAUCGCGUCCGUAGCUUUGCGCUAAUAGACCGGUUGAAACGCUACUACGGCUGUGGUGUCUGGGCAGGCAAGCUUUUCUGCCUGUGUGUCGUGAUUGACUUCUUGAUCUAUGUCUUCCUUGAGAUGUGGUUUCCACGGGCCAACAUUGAUAUCGCACGAAGCUGGCCAAAGAAGCCGCCGGCGAGCAAAAAUGAGACCAACAGAAGUGUUUGCUGA